GGUUAUUAACACAAUUUUCAAGCUAACGAAAAUUGCAACUAGUGUUGUGUUCUCCUUCAAUGGCUUCAACAGAUCUCACAAAUAUGAAAGAAGACCAAUCAAGGGAUGGACAAGAAACAAUUAGCGAAGAAAACAAGGUAAUCCAUGAUUAUAAUAACCUAAUCUUGUCACUUCCUAAAGAAAAUGGGUGGGGAUUGUCCCAAAAUGUAUAUUUUCAAUGUUUUUGGUGUCCAUCAAAUAUGAUCCAACCUAUAAUCUCUUUUCAAAACAAUUUCCAAGCCAAACACAAUGAUAUUGUUGUUGCUAGCUUACCAAAAUCAGGCACCACUUGGUUGAGAGCAUUUACAUUUACAAUUGUUAAUCGCAAUCAAUACUCUUUUGAGAAUCAUCCAUUACUUAAAUCCAUUAUACAUGAACUAGUGCCUUCCAUUGAACGUAAUCUUUAUGCUGCUGAUAUCAAAGACCGAAUUCCUCUAUCAAAAAUAAUUGAACCAAGGCUUUUUGGGACUCACAUUCCAUUUCCUUCACUUGCCAAGUCAAUUCAAGACUCCAAUUGUAAGAUAGUUUAUAUAAGUAGAAAUCCAUUUGAUACUUUUGUGUCAUAUUGGAUUUUCAUUAAUAAAAUAAGGUCAAAACAUCCAUCUUUACCAGUUUUAAGCUUAGAGGAAACUUUUGAAAGUUUUUGUAAUGGGAUUACUCCAUUUGGUUCAUUUUGGGAGCAUAAUUUAGGUUACUUGAAAGAAAGUAUGAUUAGGCCAGACAAAGUUAUAUUUUUGAAAUAUGAAGAACUUAAAGAAGAUCCAAUUUUUCAUGUCACUAGACUUGCAACAUUUUUGGGCUAUUCUUUCACUCAAGAAGAGGAAUCGAAAAAAGUGGUAGAAAACAUAAUCAAUUUAUGUUGUUUUGAAACGAUGAAGGAAUUGGAGGUAAAUAAAUUUGGAUCUGUUCGGUCAGACAUUGAGAACAAAUUCUUCUUUCGAAAGGCCAAAGUAGAAGAUUGGAAAAAUUACCUUUCCCCUUCAAUGGAAGAAAAACUGUCCAAAAUUGUGGAUGAAAAGUUAAGCGUACCGAUGAGCCACUUAGAGAGUCACACUACUAACAUUAUCAAAUAAUCAACAUGCAUGGCACAAAUGUUGUUUAUUUUCUUUUGCAGAAUAAAGAGGUAUUUGUUAGGGUGGCUACUUGCCACCUUAGUUCCUUAUGCUUGAUCCUCAUUGUUUGGUGUUUUGAUGUAUUUGGCUGGUUAGAUUUAAGUUUGAUGUAUUUCACGUAUUUCUCUUUAUAUAUAUUGCCAUUAAAAAAUAGUGUAUGCUAGAUUAAAUAAAUCAGUUGAAUGUAAAAGUGUGUUUAAUGACCUGGUUAAUGGUUUCUUUUGAGCUUUC